GUGCGAUGGAUGAUGUACUGGAUUGUAUUUGCCCUCUACACUGUCGUGGAGACGAUCACUGACCUAACACUGGCAUGGUUUCCUCUCUACUACGAGCUAAAGAUAGCUUUUGUGGUCUGGCUGCUGUCCCCUUACACCAGAGGAGCAAGUCUUAUUUACAGGAAGUGUCUGCAUCCUUUGCUGUCCUCCAGAGAAAGGGAAAUAGAUGAGUACAUUGUGCAGGCCAAAGAGAGAAGCUAUGAGACCAUGGUGAACUUUGGCAAGCAGGGCCUGAGCAUUGCAGCCACCGCUGCGGUCACUGCAGCCGUCAAGGGUCAGGGGGCCAUUACUGAGAAGCUGCGCAGCCUGAGUAUGCAUGACCUCACACAGAUAGACCAGCAGGACGACAGAGGAAACCAGCUGUACCAGUACAGCUCCCAUUCUUCCAACCCUGCUGUCAGGAGGUCUCGCAGCAGUGACGCUCCGGAUGGAGAUGAGUACUAUUAUGAUCAGGAGGAAAGGACGGACGAAGAGGCCGAGCCAACCUUCUCUGAAGACGAGGCUGUGAGUCAGAAAGGACUGAGGCGAUCGCAGAGCGUCAAACUGUCUCGAUCCAGAGUUCGCAAAGACGCUCGUUACGGAUCACUGAAGAUUAAAGGCAAGAAGAGACCAGCGCUGAGCUCCGUUAACUAUGGAGUCUGAAGACAUUACUGCUGUCACAUACAUACACACAGCUGAGCAGGCUGCUGGUUGGUGGAUGGUACUGUCAGCUUGUUUUUAGCUCUGACUUCUCACUCUGCUGAGCUCUUUGACGAUCACCUUUCUGCUGACAUAUUUAUUACACGCAGUGGCUCAAAGAGCGCUCACUCUCAGCGAACACGGGCUGACUUUGUUGUGGGACGUGUGAUUUGUUUCUUUCUUCGUUAGCAUUGUAGACAUGUCUCUAUGUGUGUCUAGAUUUUAGAUGAGCUGUUGAUUUGUUUGUAAUUUUACAGGACACAUGCCACCUAAGGCGUCCUCUGUGAGGAGUUCAUAAAGUCAUGCUUCACUAGUUUCCAUGCUGUUGCAUCACAGCAUAACAGUAACCCCUCAAUAGGCACAAGCUUUGGUUUCUUAGAUUCAUCUUUGGUUCUCCACUAUUGUCAACUUUUUGCAUCAAUGAUUUUUCUUGUGCAAAAGACCAAAAUCUCAAAGUUUGAGUGAACCUUCAACUAUUGUGUGCUUGGCUGGAGUCACGUGACACUAAUGGCUAACACUCAUACUCUACAUAGACAUUUACAUUGCUUUUAAAAUAGCUUGUUAAAAAUCUUAAUUAAAGCUUUAUCCAGGCAGUUGUUGUAAGAGCAGCAGAAGAAGGGCGAAUGUCUAAUAACACGUCUGUCUUAUUAGCAAACAUGAGCGAGCUGCACAUUCAGCUACACAACAACAACACAGUUGUGUUACUAAGUGCAUUCAGGACUAAAUCAUCCUGAUUUGGAUUGAACUUCAUUCCAACUUUCAGCUCAGAGUGAAAAAUCACUGUUCUCGUAGUGGAAUAUAAAAUGUUGAACUUACAUUUAGAAUAACCAAAGUUGUUUUUAUUAUAUAUAAAUAUGUUUUUAUGAUUUAUUUAGCAGUUCAGCUUCAAACUCUAUUCGAAAAGUUUGGCAUUAGUUCUGCUUUUGCUGCCUUUUAGCUGUUUUACCUGCUCGUACCACUAUUGUUGGAGUCUGGACUUGUGGCCUAAUUGGUACCCACUUACAGUACCAGUGGAGAGCAAUGUGAAAGCAUGAACAUUUGAGGAGAGCAGGCCUGACAGAGCUGAUAUUCAGACUCUUCUGUCGGGGGGGAAACAACGUGAAUAAGAGAGAGUGUCAGCACUUGUGCAGGCCUGCAGCUCCCACUCUUGAUGAUUAUUUUCUGUUUUUUAUUGGUGCACUUUGUACUGUGUCCCGAUCACUCCCUGGUUGUAAAUUUCAAGUCGUGUUUUGUGCUAUUACUCAAGUUUUGCUUUCUGAAUGGUGUUUUUUUUUGUGAGGUGAUCAAAAGGUGUUUUGUAUGCAACCACAUGUUUUGCACAUAUACCUCCUCUUAUACUUUUUUAUCUUUAUGCUGUCCUUGCUUGUCAUCUCAAUUUUAAUGUAACUAGCUGUGAGAGGAUGCAGAGCACGAGGUGGCUGAUGGAUGCUGAUAACAGCUGCUCGUAGCAUUCGUUUCCUCGCACACUGCUGGUUGAGCGACGUUGUGAUUUCCGCGUUUCUCUGGCAGAAACGAUGUCGAUGUGUCAUCGUGCUCCUGGUUCAGCAGGUCGUCCUAAAGCAGAGGAAUUUUCAGCCUUUUAUUUGCUUUGAUGCAACAACAAGCCAAACGUAUUCACAUCAGCGGGUCCAUGUAACCAUUGUAACUGACUAAUGAUACCAAAGCUUUAUGUAUCCACACAAAGCACUGUGGCUGUAUGACCUUUGUGGGGAAGAUACCUGGUGUGUGGAGGUGUAAUAAAAGAAAGUUUGUCUGACUGCAGUCAGGCCAACAGA